AUGGCGACAAACGUCACACGCCGGUGCUUUCUAGGUGUGAACGCAAGCUCAGCGCCUUUUCUAUAUCACACGGCAACGAUUACCGCGGCGACACCUUCCCUACGACCGUUCAAUCGCCUACCCCAACGGGCGUUUUCUACACGCAGUGGCACACUAGCAACGAACGAUGCGCCAGAGGAUAAACCACCCACGAACAAAGAUAUCUCUAUUGACUUCGAGACGAAUGAGCCCCCGAAACCGCGGAGGAGUUAUCUACAAAAACGGGCAGCAUCUGUCUCCUCCGGCAGGCCAUUGGGCUCAAGGCAACCUGCGCCGAAGACAAGGACCAAGAAGAUCACCUCGCAGGAAAAAGCGACUUUCAAAAACUUAUUAGAAAAGCUGAAUGUCAAGCGCGGAGAAAAUGGCGAAACGGGUUCACAAUCAAAACCCAUGAGCCCAGAGAAACAAGCCGAGAUAUCAGAGCUCAUGUCAGUAUUCGACUCGUUACUACAGGACUCAAAUAUGAAGAAGAAUAAAGCCCGCUGUCAAAAGGAGGAACUGCCAAAAUACACCCCAACACCAGAACGACCGGCAACGGAAGAAGAAGCAACCGAAGACAAAGGCCCCCAAAGGAUCAACAUCGACGACCUGGGCUACACAGAAGCAGCAACAUCCGGCGCGGCGAUAACAAUCACAAUGAAAGAAGCAAUCGACAUGGUCGUACAGCGCGAAUCCGAACACAUCGAAUUCGCCCUCUUCCAAGCAAUCGAAGAAGGAAAAGGCGACAUGGGCGUGUGGGAAGUAUGCAAAGCACGCAUCUUCUCCAUGCUGCAGCACGUCGAAAGCCAACCAGCGCGCAACAUCCCACGGCCGGCAGGACCACUCCGCGUCCCGGCCGUCGUGCCCGUCGCACCGGUGGUAGCCACGUUAUACCCGAAGACGCUGCUGAUUGCGUUCCGUCUGUUGAACACGCAUUUCCCUGAUUCCCCGCUUAUCGGACAGUUCCGCUCGAAUAUCAAAGAGCAUGGCCGGUUGUCUGCCCUGCUUGGUGCUUCGUCUGGUCUUUAUGAUGAAAUGCUUUACUUCCAUUGGCGUGGGUGUAAGGAUCUUCCUGGUGUUGUGUCUUUGCUGCGUGAGAUGGAGGUUAUUGGGUUGACGCCGAGUAAUAAGUCGAGGGGCAUGUUGACUGCGCUUGUUAUUCGCCGCAACCGGGAUUUGGAGGCGCAUCAGAAGGCCGGGGGUGGGGAGCACCCGUUCUGGGAUUUGCCUUCUAACAAGGAGGCGUUUGAGGCGCUUACUUGUCGCGGUGGAUGGAUGGAUAAGGUCGAGGCUCGCGCUGAGGAGGAUGCUCGUCGGAGGGAAAGUCAUCGCCAUUUCCGCGGUUGA